GUCUACCUACGCAUUGUCUGUUCCUACGACGUUGCCAGGGUAACGAUAUGACGUCACAGCCCUGGUGAUCACAACAAAUUAAGACGCCACGAGAAAAAGGAUUGAUUUGGAGUUUAUUUUAAUAUAGAAAACUUAUCACAUUUUCAGAAACUAUUUUUGUACGUAGACGUUUGCGGAAAUACUCAGGCCAUAAUGUCCAGACGAAGCCCUAGACUUGCUUCCUUGGGUUAUUAUGGGUCAGAUGGUGAUGCAACUGGCUCGUACCGGGACAGUCCUAUCAGGAGCCCAGGACAGGGGUCACGACACUGCCCUGUCUGCAUGACAGGUAAGUCACCAGUCCCAGCCACCGCUGCCAGAGCUCAUACCUCCAGCAAGUCCAUGGACACUCCUAUAGAGGCUCAUGAACACUCAUCUGACUAUUGCGUCGAGGAGGAGAUACCCAGUGACAAAGGCUGGAUUACAUCCCUAGCCAGUACUGCAGCUACUAGCUUUGCACGACUCCGUGUCUUCAUCAGGGACAUUAGGAUCACGUUCAGAUGGACACCUGCCAUGAAGAAAGCCAUUCUGAUCAUCUUCUUUUUCCUUCUGGCUUUUGGUAUUUGGUACUGGUGGCCAUCUCUCUCCAAGCUCCCAGCAAACUUCUCAGGAACUACUUUACCUGGCCCUGCUUUUCCACAGCUGUUGACUACAAUCUCCCGCCGAGUUAUGGAGCUCCUGUCCUCCCAAGCUGAGAGCAGUGAUGCUACAGUGCAGCAGCCAAAAAUUGAAGAUGUGCUACAGAGUCUGGAGAAGAAGCUUCUUGAUAGGCUGGCAGAAGAGAAAGAAAGGGCAGACAUGUACAGAAGAAAGUUGGAGACCCUGGAGGAAAAGUGUGCUGGUGUAGCCACUGUGGAGGAUGUACAGCAGAUUGUACAACAGGCACUGAGCCUGUACCAAGCAGACAGGAUCGGAAUGGCAGACUACGCCCUGGAGUCUGCAGGUGGUAGUGUGAUCUUUCAGCACCAUUCACCAACCUACCAGAUCAGAGCAGGCCACUUCCCCCUGUUUGGUUUUCCGCUUCAUUACACCUCUGAGGGUCCUCGCUCAGUCAUUCAACCUGAGGUGUAUCCAGGGAAGUGCUGGGCUUUUCAAGGCAGUCAAGGCUUUCUUGGGAUCUCGUUGUCGUAUCCCAUUUAUAUCACCCAUGUCACCCUGGAACACCUGCCCCAGUCACUUUCACCCAGCGGCCACAUCAACAGUGCUCCAAAAGACUUUGCUGUUUACGCAUUAUCCACUGAAAAAGAGGAAGAAGAGACAACAUGGUUAGGAACAUUUACAUAUGACCAAAACAGAGAGCCCAUCCAGACGUUUGAAUUGCCGAUCCCUGCGAAGAUGAUCCACAGUGCAGUCGAGCUGAAAAUCAUGAGCAACUGGGGUCACCCAGAAUACACCUGUGUGUAUCGUUUCAGGGUUCAUGGAGAGCCUACUAAAUUAAGAGGCACAACUUCAUCUCGGACAGAAAGAGCUAACACUACCGAUACAGAGUUUCAUUCACAUCUUUAAUUCACAAGAUUUUUUUGUCAAGGAUAAUA